AUGUCUAAACGUAAAAGUGUUGGAAAUACUUUAUUUAAUUAUUUUACUAAGACUCCUCCUAGUAAUAAGAAAUUAAAAACAAAUACUGAUGAAUCAAACGUAGAACCUAAACGAACAAUUGUUGAAAACGAAACCGAAAUCAAAAUUGAACACAAUAAGCGUGAAAGGCAACCAACACCCUCUCCUGAGUUAAAUAAAACCUGUGAAGACAGUGACGACGGUACCCCUAUAUUCUCUAAAAAAAGUAAGAGGAUACGCCUCAAUCCCGUAGAUUCUGAUGACUCCGAUGUGGAGAAUAGAGAUACACAAACUCCAUGUAAAGAAAGAACUGCAUUGCACAAAAGACUACAAGACAGUUUUAAAUAUGAUCCAAAUGAAUCACCCAAAAGUUCCAAGGAGACAAAACCUAUGAAUGGUUCUACUGCAAUCCAAGCAAAACCCUCUGAACAGCAAGAAGCACCAGUAUUGGCAGAGGAAGGUGACUGGGCUCAUUGUAAACUUGAUUGGUUAAAACCCGAUAAGAUUCGAGAUGCUAAGAAAAGAAGGCCAGAUCAUCCUGAUUAUGACCCCACAACAUUAUAUGUGCCACCUGAGUAUUACAAAACACAAACUCCAGGUCACAAGCAGUGGUGGGACAUGAAAUCUGCUAAUUUUGACUGUGUCUUGUUCUUUAAAGUUGGCAAAUUCUAUGAGUUGUAUCACAUGGAUGCAGCAGUUGGUGUUAAUGAGCUAGGCUUCUCAUAUAUGAAGGGCGCAUUUGCACACUCUGGGUUCCCUGAGAGCGCGUACGGACGUAUGGCUUCAACUCUAGUGUCAAAGGGAUACAAAGUGGCUCGUGUUGAGCAAACGGAAACACCAGAAAUGAUGCAAGAAAGGUGUAAAAAACUAUCGGGCAAAAUGGACAAGGUAGUGAGACGGGAAAUAUGCCAGGUGGCAGUGCGUGGGGCCCAAGUCUGCGGUCUCCAAGAUCCAGGGCCGUCCGACGCGGCUGCCGUCUACCUGUUGGCUAUAGCCGAAGAGGAAAGUAAUGGAUGUAGCACUUAUGGAGUCUGCUUUGUGGACACUUCAAUAGGUCAGUUCCACAUGGGGCAGUUCCAGGAUGACAAGCACUCCUCGCGGCUGCUGACCACUGUCGCGCACUAUCCACCAGCAUUACUGGUGUUCGACCGCAAGCGUACCAGUCAGCGCACGCUGGGGCUGCUGGCGACGCACUGCCCCGGCGCGAGGCGCGAGCCGACCGCCGCGUGGGCGCCCGAGAAGGCGCUCGCCACUCUGGCCGAGAAGUACUACAGGACCAACGCGGACGGACAGUGGCCGGAGGGGCUCAGGCCGUUCCUCCACCCGGGAGAUGCUUUAGGGCUCACGCCGGCCUCGCACUGCCAUCUGGCGGUCAAAGCGUUGGGCGGCUGCGUUGCUUUCCUAACGAAGUGUUUGCUGGACAUACAGAUAUUGGACAUGGCCCAAUUCACUGCCUACUCACCGCCCGACGUCGUAAACAAGACCUUAUCGCCAGAGGUUAAGGCUCAAAACUCCUGGAGGGGUGGUAGCACGAUGGUGCUCGACGCCAUUACAUUAAAAAACCUGAGAAUCGUGCAAGACGAGGGUUGCUUGUAUGAUAAGAUCAAUUUCUGCUCAACGGCUAUGGGUAAAAGGUUAUUGUAUCAAUGGGUGUGCUCUCCGAGCUGUAGUCUAGCGGUGAUAAAAGACCGCCAAGCGGCAGUCAAAACGUUGCUAGAAAAUCAAGAGCUUUGUCAAGAAGCUAAGGACAUUUUAUCGACACUACCCGAUCUAGAAAGGCUUUUGGCGAAGGUGCACGCAUUGGGAAAUCUGAAAAAGUCCCAGAACCAUCCGGACGCAAGGGCCAUCUUCUACGAGGAGAGGACCUAUUCCAAGCGGAAGGUCGUUGACUUCAUCUCCGUGCUGCAAGGCUACACCUCCGUGUUGAAGCUCGUUGAGUUGUUCUCAGACGUUGAGCCGGCGCUAUUGAGAAAAGUCACCCAGUUCCCGCCGGAAGGGAAUUUCCCAGAUUACAGAGAGACUUUGAAAUUCUUCAAGGAGGCAUUCAACCAGCAAGCGGCGGAGAAGGAGGGUCGUAUACUACCAGGUCAGGGUGUGGACCAAGAGUACGACAAUACCUUGCAGACCAUACAGGAGAUAGAACAGGAACUGCAGGAAUAUCUCGUGGGGCAGGAAAAAUACUUCAAAUGUCGUUUAAAGUACGUGGGCACAGAUAAAAAGCGAUAUCAGAUAGAGGUGCCUCAGAGUAGCGCGUCCAAGGCAGGCUCCGAAUACCACUUGGAGGGUGCUCGGAAAGGGUUCAAACGAUACUCUACAUAUGAGACUAAGGAAUUCCUUUCGGACAUGAUUGCCGCCGAGGAGCAGAAAACCAACGUGCUGAAGGACUUGAGUCGUCGAAUAUUCGAGAAGUUCUCCGCCCACUACAGCCAAUGGGAGGCGGCCGUUCAAUGCAUCUCUACACUCGACAUACUGCUCGCCUUUGCAGAGUUUGCGCGGCAACAGAACGGCGAUAUAUGCUUGCCGCAGAUCACUUUUGACGCUACGAAGAUGCCAUACGUGAAGAUCGUGGAGGGCCGCCACCCCUGCAUCCCCCUCGCCGAGGAGUUCAUCCCCAAUGACACCCAGCUCGGCGGCGAAGGGGGCAGCCUCCUGCUGCUCACCGGGCCCAACAUGGGCGGCAAGUCCACGCUAAUGCGCCAGCUGGGCUUGCUGACGGUCUUGGCCCAUUUGGGUAGCUACGUAUUGGCGCAGGAGUGCAGUUUGAGUCUGGUGGACCGAAUAUUCACGCGGCUCGGUGCCUCUGAUGACAUAUUGUCGGGACAGUCCACUUUCCUAGUGGAGAUGAAUGAAACCGCAGCCAUAGUGAAGCACGCCACGGUCAAUUCUCUGGUGCUUUUGGACGAACUGGGGCGCGGCACUUCGACAUACGACGGCACCGCGAUUGCUUCGGCGGUGUGCGUGGAGCUGGCGGCGCGACGUUGCCGCUCUGUGUUCAGCACCCACUACCACGCUUUGGUGCGCUACCUGGCCAAGGAGCCGAACCUCGUCCUGGGCCACAUGGCCUGUAUGGUCGAGACGGACGAGUCGGUGGACACAGAGAACGAUAUCCCCGAAGAGACGAUAACGUUCCUGUACAAGCUGACGCCCGGCGCCUGCCCCAAAUCUUACGGGUUCAACGCGGCGCGCCUGGCGGGGAUCCCCCGGGAUAUAACGCGCAGGGCGCAGCUGAUCUCCAGGAACCUGGAGAAGGAGGCCACCUGCGCCAGGGCCUUCAGGGACGUACUCAGGACGAACGAAGCCGGGGAUCUGAGGCAACUGUUGUCGACACUGAGCAUU